AUGAUGAGUGACGCGUUUUGUUCGGACUGUAAGAGGCAAACGGAAGUUGUGUUCGAUCACUCCGCCGGAGACACGGUAUGCUCCGAGUGUGGACUUGUGCUCGAGUCUCACUCCAUCGAUGAGACCUCCGAAUGGAGAACUUUCGCUAACGAGUCUGGUGACAACGAUCCCGUCCGUGUCGGCGGACCGACUAACCCUCUUCUCGCGGACGGUGGCCUCACCACCGUCAUUUCCAAGCCCAAUGGCUCCUCCGGCGACUUUCUCUCCUCUUCUCUUGGUCGUUGGCAGAACCGUGGAUCCAACCCCGAUCGUGGACUCAUUGUUGCUUUCAAGACCAUCGCCACCAUGGCUGAUCGGUUGGGCCUUGUUGCAACCAUCAAGGAUCGAGCAAACGAGAUAUAUAAGAGAGUGGAGGAUCAGAAGUCGAGUAGAGGAAGAAAUCAGGACGCUCUUCUGGCUGCAUGUCUGUAUAUUGCUUGCCGGCAAGAGGACAAGCCACGAACAGUCAAGGAAAUCUGUUCUGUGGCCAACGGAGCCACAAAGAAAGAGAUUGGUCGUGCAAAAGAAUACAUAGUCAAACAGUUGGGGUUGGAAACAGGACAGUCGAGACGGUUUUGCUCCAAUCUUGGCAUGAGCAACCAAACCGUAAAAGCAGCUCAAGAAUCUGUGAAGAAGUCAGAGGAGUUUGAUAUUAGGAGGAGUCCCAUAUCAAUCGCAGCUGCGGUUAUCUAUAUCAUAACACAGCUUUCCGAUGACAAGAAACCGCUUAGAGAUAUAUCACUAGCAACCGGAGUUGCAGAAGGCACGAUAAGAAACUCAUACAAAGAUCUGUAUCCUCACCUUCCUAAGAUCAUACCAGCCUGGUACGCUAAAGAAGAAGACCUCAAGAAUCUCCAAAGCCCUUGA